AUGAGUACUCUAGCCUCCAAGCUCAAGGAGCUAGAGGAGUUGACUUCAAAUGCAAAGAAAAUACAAGAUGACAUGUUAGAAGAGAUACUCAAAGCUAACGCCAACACAGAAUAUCUCCGACGUUUCCUCCAUGGGAGCUCUGAUAAAAAGCUCUUCCAAAAGAACGUACCGGUGUCGAGUUACGAGGAUGUUAAGCCUUAUAUCGAACGGGUCGCAAACGGAGAACCCUCAUAUAUCAUUUCGGGCGAACCUAUUACUAAUUUCUUGCUAAGCACUGGAACUAGUGGAGGAAAACCAAAAAUCUAUCCUACGAACAACAAGUACUUCGAAGAUUUUGCGUUCUUCCUAGCUCUAUCCUCUGCAAUUAUAUCCAAGUACGUGGAUGGUGUCCAGGAAGGAAAAAUGAUUAUGUUUCUCAACACUAUAAUGUUAUCUACAACUCCCUCUGGUUUGGAUCUUGCUCCUGCGACUACGAGUUACGCAAUGAGUGAUUAUUUUAAGAAGCAGCCAUCAAAAUGUUAUACCAGCCCUGACGAAGUCAUAUUAUGUGUCGACAGCAAACAAAGUAUGUACUGUCAUCUUCUAUGUGGUCUUGUCCAAAGAGAGGAGGUUGUGAGUAUGGCUUCUUCCUUUGCUUCUACGUUAGUCCAAGCGAUAUCUUUUCUUGAAACACACUGGAAAGAAUUGUGUGCUAAUAUCCGCUCUGGGCAUGUUAGCGAGUGGAUCACUGACCUUAGUUGCCGAGAAUCUGUCUCCGCCAUACUUGGAGGACCCAAUCUUGACUUGGCAAAUUUAAUUGAACGCGAAUGCAUCCAGAAGUCAUGGGAAGGUAUCAUCACUCGGCUAUGGCCCAACAUCAAAUACAUUCGAAGCAUAUCUACAGGACAAAUGAGUCAACACAUUCCAACAUUGGAGUUCUACUCCAACAAUUUGCAUCUCUUCUCCCCAUAUUAUGCGGCUUCUGAAACAUUUUUUGGAGUAAAUGUGAAUCCAUUAUGCAAGCCACAAGAUAUAUCCUACACUUUUGUGCCCAACAUGUCCUACUUUGAGUUCCUACUUGUUGAUGAAGGAAUCAAUGAGGAAAUUGUUGAUCUGGUGGACGUCAAGAUAGGGUGCUAUUAUGAGCCAUUGGUCACAAAUCAUUUCGGCUUAUACAGAUACAAAAUGGGAGAUAUUCUACAAGUGACUGGAUUUUACAAUAGUGCUCCUCAGUUCAAAUUUGUACGUAGAAAAAAUGCUGUUAUAAGCGUCCAAGUGGAGACAACAACUGAAGAAGAUCUUUUAAAGGCGUUGAAUCAUGCGGCUCAUGUCCUUGAGUCUUCAGGUUUAAUGUUGAUGGGGUUCACAUGCUAUUCUGAUAUCUCCACUAACCCUGGUCACUAUGUUCUUUAUUGGGAGCUUAAAGCCAAAAAAACAAAUGGCAUUGUUAAGCUUGAUAACAAGGUAAUGGUGGAAUGUUGCUGUGUAGUUGAAGACUCGUUUAACGUUAUUUAUAAAACACUUAGGAGCAAAUCUGGUCAAAUCGGACCUCUAGAGAUAAGGGUGGUGCAACAAGGAACAUUCGAUUCUCUCAUGGAAUAUUUUAUCUCCAAGGGUGCUUCUGCAUCCCAAUACAAGGCACCUGUAUGCAUAAACUCACCUGCCGUGUUAGCAAUUCUUGAAGACAAGGUUCUUGCUCGGUUCUUUAGCGACAAAUCCCCUCCGGUCUGA